AAUUGGAUCAAACCUGAAUAACACCGUUAAAAAACAAAAACGGAUAGUAAGUCAGAUUGUUGUGAAGAUGGCGCAAGCAAUGGCAUCCAUGGCAGGCUUACGUGGCUCCUCGCAGACUGUCCUCGAAGGCAGCCUCCGGGUCAGUGGCCAAAACCGUUUGAACAUUGGUAGCAGCAAAAGACUGGGUGUGGCUACCCCUGGUUUCACCGUCAGAGCCCAACAGGCACCUACCGAGCCUGAAACAGGACGCAGAGCCGUGCUGGGUCUUGCUGCUGCUGGUUUGGCCACAGGGUCCUUUGUUCAAGCUGUGCUUGCCGAUGCAAGAAGCAUCAAGGUCGGCCCGCCUCCCCCACCCUCCGGUGGAUUGCCUGGAACUCUGAAUUCAGAUGAGCCAAGAGACCUUAAUCUGCCAUACAAAAAUAGGUUCUACCUCCAACCACUUACUCCAGAGCAGGCAGCUCAAAGGGCAAAGGAAUCAGCCAAAGACAUUCUUGGUGUCAAGAGUUUGAUUGACAAAAAGGCUUGGCCCUAUGUGCAGAAUGAUCUCCGUCUUAAGGCUGAGUAUCUCCGCUAUGACCUAAACACCGUCAUUUCCUCAAAGCCCAAAGAUGAAAAGAAGUCUCUCAAAGAACUCACUAAAAAGCUCUUCGACAUCAUUGACGAACUUGACCAUGCAGCCAAGAUCAAGAGCACUCCUGAAGCAGAAAAGUAUUAUGCUGAGACCGCAUCUACUCUAAACGAUGUUAUUUCCAAACUUGGCUAAGAUGAAAUUGUUGUAUUUUGGAUGUAAGCAUAAAGCACUGUUCAUAGCUUGUACAUGUCUAUGCUUUCCAAAGGGAAGCUUUAUCAAUAAGACCAUAUCAAAGCCUUUAUGCAUCAGAAA